UGCUUUGUCAACGUUGUCAACAAUCGGACGACGGUCGACGAGGUGCUGCUUUGACAACGCUCAGUUUUUCCGGAUUUUCUGCAAGUUUUCCUGUUAUUUUCCGAAUUGGGUGUUAAUAUUACGUGUAGUAUUAUCAGUUGCGUUUUCGCUGGAUAACAAUAGCUACUAAUAUUAUCGAAAACAGAACGCACAAUCAGUGAAUCACCUAGAAAGCUGCUUCCAGAGUAGGACGAAGAACUAUUCCUGAGAAAGCAAGCAACAACAGUCGAACGGUGUUGAUCGAACGACGAUGGCGAUGUCGCAGGAACAAACCAUCAAGAUGCAGCGGAAAAUAUUAAAGCAUCGGAACCGGGUCACAUUCUACCACUUCCAGCUUCCGGCAUACAUGCACAUGAUUGACAAUUUCAAUGGAAUCAGACCUAGCCCACCGUUGAACUCGUACCUGGUGGCACACCUGGAAGCUUUGAUGGACUUGCUACAAAAGGUGGCAGACUUUGGAGGCUAUCAGCCACCGCAGUACGACGAGUAUGACCUCCGCGAAUUCGACGUUGGCUUCUGUUUUGGUUGCAACUAUUGCGACAAGAGAGGCUUCAAUGCCCGCCAAGUGCUGGAUCACGUGAUGACCGAUGAUCACCGCGAUAUGCCCAAGUUCAACCAAAGGAAGUUCAAUAAGUUUAAGAGGAAGGCCGGAGACAACUACGAUGCGUUCCUGUUUCGUAAGCAUGAGGUAAUGACCAAGAAUGGCCUGUCCCUGAACGUGCUGGAUGAAAUGAUCGACUUCAGCUUGUUGACCAAGAGUUUCCUUAAAAUGACAUCUCGCUAUUUGUCAUCGCUGGGCAUAUUGGAACGGGCUCCGUCGACGGUUACCGCAUACGGAGUCCUGGACCUGCUGGAUUCCAUCGAUUCGCUGAUCACGAGAGCCAAAUGCAUCGAAUCCGUGCCGGAGUUUCACACGAUAACGCAACAGCUGGUGACGGGAGAUUUGAAGUUUGUCUGCAAAGGGAGGAUGUUUGAUCAUGUUCAAGGAGCAAUGGAGCACGUGGCGUUCACAUCUGGACUAAAACAGCCUCACAGACCCCCAGUGGAACAGAACAUAUUUUCGCUACCCACGAUGAUCAACAAUCAACCGCUACAGCUCCCCCCAAACUUUGCGAGCCCACCUCCACCUGGGAUGAACAUUCCCGGCUUUACGAAUGGCCCGGCAAUCCUGAUGAGGCCCCCACUUCUACAUCCGAUGCACCUACAGCAGCCACCACCAAUGAUGAACGCCUCGAUGGUGCGUGUCGGACUGGAUAUGCAAGUGAUCAAUCUCACCGCCCAACAGCAACAGCUCCAGAUACAGCAACAAGUCCAGCAACAGCAGCAACAUUUGCUGUUCAACCCAUCGAUGAUGAGAAUGGGUGUUCAAAAUUUGAACACCGUUGUACAACAGCACGCGGCAUUCCAACAACAAUCCUUUCAAACAGCACCACCACCAUCACCAAGCCCACAGAAGACCGAUUUACCGAAGAUGGCCAAAAGCGAUGCCCAUGCCCAUCCUACUUCUCGGUUGCCUCCGUUGAAUCAAACCGGCACGGCGGACUGUCCGGUGCUGAGCGCCGAUGCGCUGCACUUUCUGAAGCAACCGCAACUGGACAGUCUGAUCGAGAACGGAAACGUGCUGACCCAUUUCGACAAGUCCAGUGUCAUUGCCAGCGAGAUCGUGGCCGCCUUGAAGAAGGUGGCGCCUAUCGCUCGGGUGGAAUGCUUUGGAGCCAAAGUGUCCGGUGUGGGGUACGAGGAGGACAAUGUCAAUCUGUACGUGGAUGAUGGACGACACCCGAAAAAACCGGAAUGCGUGAAAGAAAUGCUGGACACCUUGAAAAGUUUCUUCACCGACAACAGUGCAGAAUGGGCCAUCCAGAACAUCCAUGAAGCAGACAUCCGGACGCACCUCACCGUAAAGAACGUCUGCGAAAGCGUCAGCUGCCGGAUAACGUUCGCCAGCGAAAUCUACUGCUUCAACAGUAAACUGAUCCGGUACUACGUCGAAACGUACCCCAUGUACCAGAAGCUGUGCUAUUUCGUGCAGGAAUUCGUCAAACUGAUCGACCUGGAUCUGAACCGCUACAUCAUCAUCAUCCUGGUGCUGUUCUACAUGCAGAAGCGCGAUUUUCUUCCAACGGUUGCCCAGCUGCAGUCCAAACUGCCAGAGGAAAAAUUGAGUGACCAUUGGCUCAUCAACUUUGUUCCUCGCAAACCGGACCAAUUCAAGCUGGAACCGCUCGAGACGGACCUCCGCAAAAGCGCAACCGACUUCUUCAAAUUCUACGGCGUACAGUUCUCCUUCCAGGAGUCGGUGGUGUGUCCCCAGAUUGGCCUGGCCCUCAAUCGGACGGACUUCCUCACCGAGAACAUGUGGCGGAUGCCGCUGAAGCGCUACAAAGCGUACAUCGAGCAGAGCCAGGCCGGUGGCGACAGCUUUCCGCAGUUCGAAGUUACGCCCAUGUGCGUGCAGGAUCCGCUGGAGCUGACAUUCAACGUUGCCUCGCAGGUCAGCUCGGCCGAUACCGGUAAAUUUGCACAGAUGUGCAAGCUGGCGUACGAGUUCUAUCUGAACAAUAAUCCGUAAGAGUGUUCCUAAAUAAUCUGUUACUUUUUCGAUAUUUUUUGUUGAAUUUUGUUUACGAUAACGUCUUGUCCAGUGGUAUUCGUAUUCUAUUUUAAUGUUAGCGAUCAACUGAAUUAAAUUCUGCAUCGCGCAUGACUGAAUAAUGUAGCUUUAAGAAACAUUUCCCUAGUAGAUACCGACGACAAUGAAGAAUUUUAAAUAUACGACUAGCUGACGCAAAGUGGCUAGCCACCUUCAAAGAA